UUCAAAAAAUUAACAUCAAUUUGUAAAUUUCUCAUUUCAACAAAAGUAUUAAAAAUUCCUUGAAACAAAUUCUCCGUACAAUCAUGGAGUUUCAAGAGUAUUUGCACAAGCAAUUGACCAUAUUCAACUAUCAUUUACACUCCGAUUAUGGGCUGCUUAUCAAAACAGCAACUUGCAUAGCCUUUGGUGCGAUCUGUGGCUGGAUUAUGGGUCUUGUCACUUGGUUGCUAUAUAAGAUAGCCAAAUGGCAGAAAGUACUGCCCGUCAAUUUCUAUCACUAUCAGGAUGAUGAUUUGGAUUUGGAAUUGGAAUUGGAUACUGAUAUCGGAAAAUUCAAACAAGAAAAGCUCAAGAGAAGAAAACAAUAUGGCCCAUUGGUCUAGAAAUAAAUGCAAUCUCUAUUUAAGGAAAGCGAGGCUUAAAUGCACGCGGCGUUAAAAGGCUUUUUGUUCAAGCUAAAUAGCUAAAUUAAUUUAAUUACUGCAUUUGGAAUAAUCGCCCCAAAUAAUUAAUAAUGUAUUAAAUGACUUCAAUCAUGAAA